AUGAGUCAUUCGGUUGCGUGUGUCAUCUGUCGGAGUCGAAAGCUGAAAUGUGAUAAGACGAAACCCCAGUGCCUGAGAUGUUUGAGAUCACAAGUCCAGUGCGAAUAUUCGACACGACAUAUUUCCCCCACAUCUACGAAAGAUGUUGACAACUCAAAGCACGUUUGUACACAGUGCAAAAAGGGGAAGAGAAAGUGCUCAGGAACAUUUCCUUCAUGUGAUAGAUGUCAAAAAUUGGGCAAAUCGUGCUCUUACACUCUUUUGCGGCCCUUAACUGAAAUCGAGGCCUUGGAAAAGUUCUACGACACCAUUGACUCGGAAGCCAACAAGAAAGUGGUUGAAAUACUUUGCCAAAGAACAAUCGAACGAAAUUUUCCGUUUGUCGCUGGAAACUUUCUGGAUCCACGAUUUUUAUUCAAAUUAGCAAUGGGAGAAGUGUCUUUGUCCUUAACCAAAGCUGUUGUAGGUAUGUCACUCGACAUGGUUGUGCCUGAGCAGCGGCUAGUAGAAUUCAAAAACCAUUGGUACACGAGGCAUCUGUCCGAAACACUUUUGGCUUCCGGGAAGAUGAAGCUUGAUGAAUUCCAAGCCCUGUUAGUUAAUAUUGUUUGGGGAUGCUCAACUAGUUCUCAAAAAUACUUCUUCCUGAUUCCCAUACUCUCAAGAAUGGCUUAUGGACUGAUCCUCAACCGUGAACUUGACUGGAUAAAGGACGAUUUUGAAAAAGAACGACGACGGCGUAUGGUAUGGAAUGUUUUCGUUCUAGAUCGGAUGUUCUCAGCUGGAGUGCCGGAAUUUAUGUCUUGCGAUUUGAGACUGUUAACAAUUCAACCUCCUGCUUAUGAUCUAGAAUCCAUGGCAUCGCAAGUUAGUGAAUCUCCAUUCCACACGCACCUGCCACCAUAUCAUCAUCCCUUCAAUCUGUUUUCUCUCGCCGUUCAUCUGUCACAAUUGAGAUACAACACUCUUAAUUGUGUGAAGGUAAUGGAAAAACAACACAUGAAGUGGUGGCAGGAGCAAUCCCCAACUGAACCUAUCACCCACGAUAUAGAGCUUACAGUUGAACUAUUGCCUGAUCAUUUACAUUACAGCAUCGAGAAUGUUUCCAAGAUGAACAAUAAUGAGGAAAAGAUUUUCUUCAUAAACCUUCACCUUUUGCUGCUUCAAAUCCGGUGCGACGUGCACAGACCAGUGCUUUAUCACCUUUUGUACAACCGCACGAUCCCUGACUCAGAUGAAAUACCACCCAGCAAAAUAGAGGCUGCACAUGAGGAAUGUAUGAAUCAUGCUUUGCUUGUAUCCAAAAUCGCUCAGCAAAAUAAGCACCUUAUUGCGGAUGCAUACAACACGGUGUCAAUGGCAUUUUCACUUUUGGAAGCGUCUCGCUUGAUGAUGUAUAAUGUUUCUCCCAAUCCGUAUCAGACUCAUACACAUCAUUCAGAGACGUUAAAACACUACAUAAAUUCCAACAUUGAAAUCAUCAAUGGCUCAAGAUGGGCAGAUCCACAAACGGUUAAUAUCUUUAUUCAGGACCUUCAAAACGCUUCACAGAACCUGGGCAUCCGUCACAGCAACUCAGGAAAAAAUAUCCUCCUACUCUCAGAAUUGCACCCUGCCCAUGCACUGACUCAAGCUGCAUCGCCUACGGAAGAUAUUACGGCAGAUAUGGGGUCACCAGCUCUGGCAGAACUCAAUUGGCCAUUUGACUUUCCUCGUAACCAAUUGCUGCCACUCUUCUAG